ACACUCAUUAUAACAACACGUUAGUCAGACUGGUGAAUGGAACCUUACCCUCAAAUGGACGAGUUGAGGUGUACUAUCAUGGUGUAUGGGGUACAAUAUGUGACGAUGACUGGGAUGAUAGUGACGCUGCUGUUAUCUGUGUGAUGCUGGGAUAUACAAGGGAAGGAGCCUAUGCAUAUUCUAACUCUGGUUUUGGAGAAGGGAAAUAUAAGAUCUGGCUUGAUAAUGUUCGCUGUAAUGGUACAGAGACUGAUAUUGAAAUGUGCUCACAUUCCUUACUUGGAGUUCACGACUGUUCACACAGAGAGGAUGCUGGAGUUUCUUGUUCAAGCACUUGUUAUAACAACACUGUCAGACUAGUGAAUGGAAACUCGCCUUACAAUGGACGCGUUGAGGUGUACUAUCGUGGUGUGUGGGGUACGAUAUGUGACGAUGACUGGGAUGACAGAGACGCUGCUGUUAUCUGUGCGAUGCUCGGAUAUACAAGAGAAGGAGCCAUUGCAUAUUCAUCCGCUCACUAUGGAAGAGGGAAAGGCAAGAUCUGGCUUGAUGACGUUCGCUGUAAUGGUAAAGAGACUGAUAUUGAAAUGUGCUCACAUCCCGUACUUGGAAAACACGACUGUGGACACAGUGAGGAUGCUGGAGUUUCUUGUUCAAAUAUCAGUUCCCUAAAUGGUUUGGUUAGACUUGUUAAUGGGUCCUCUCCGUCCAAUGGCCGACUUGAGAUCUACUAUGCCUUUGUUUGGGGUACAGUGCGUGGUGAUAACUGGGGAAGAACAGAAGCCGGAGUCAUUUGUGCCAUGAUGGGAUAUCCAAGGUUAUAG